AUGAACGGCCACGCAAAUGUGCAGUCCGAAACUCGCUUCGACGUCGUCAUCGUCGGCGCGGGCAUUUCCGGCAUCAACGCCGCCUAUCGUCUACAGGAGCAGCUACCCGGUGUUAGCUAUGCCAUCCUCGAAGCUCGCGAUGAUCUAGGCGGAACUUGGGAUCUGUUCAAGUACCCUGGUAUCCGAUCCGACUCGGAUCUCUUCACUUUCGGCUUUGCCUUCAAUCCCUGGAAUCGCAAUAACCCCAUUGCGGAGGGCUCCGCCAUAAAGUCGUAUGUGCGCCACACCGCGGAGAAGUUUGGUAUCGACCAGCAUAUUCUCUAUCGCACCAGAUUGCAGUCCGCCGAUUGGUCUAGUGAGGAGAAUACCUGGGCCCUGAACGUAGAGGCGGAGGGAAAUCCAAAGACCUUCACUGCGCGCUAUGUGAUCUUCGGCACGGGCUAUUAUAACUACAACCAGCCUCUGGAGGCUAAAAUCCCUGACCUAGAGAAUUUCCAGGGCCAGGUCAUCCAUCCUCAAUUCUGGCCGGAGAAUCUCGAUUAUUCCAACAAGAAGAUCGUGAUUAUCGGCAGUGGAGCGACCGCCAUCACUCUCCUCCCCAAUUUGGCCGAUAAGGCCGAGCGCGUCACUAUGCUCCAGCGCAGUCCAACCUACAUUCUGUCACUCCCCAACCGCAGCGCCAGUCGUUGGUUGGCUUAUAUUCUACCCUCAUCGAUAUACCAGCGCCUCCAGCGUUUCAUCUGGAUCCUCACUUCCCGCUUCUUCUUCCUCUUCUGUCAGCGUUUCCCCAAUUUCUCUCGUUGGAUCCUCCAGAAAAACGUCAGUCGCCAACUUCCGGCCCAUAUCCCUCACGACCCGCACUUCAAGCCGCGCUACAAUCCCUGGGAUCAGCGGUUGUGUGUGUCUCCUGAUGGCGACUUCUUCCAGUGCCUGCGCAAGGGCAAAGCGGAUGUGCGUACGGAUACCAUAAAGACGGUGACGAAAAAGGGCAUCACCUUGAAUUCAGGCGAGACUCUCGACGCUGAUAUCAUUGUCACUGCCACGGGAUUGAAGUUGCAAAUUGCUGGUGGCGCGGUCCUGUCUGUGGACGGUGAAAAGAUCGAUAUUGGGUCCAAGUAUCUAUGGAACGGAGUUAUGCUGCAAGAUCUCCCGAACGCGGCGUUUGUCAUCGGGUAUACCAAUGCCUCGUGGACCCUCGGCGCAGACGCGACCGCUCAGUUCAUUACUCGUCUUGUCAAGGAGAUGGAAUCACGCAAGCUUAUCGCUGCCACGCCCCGUCUGAAGUCUAGCCAGGCAUCGAGUAUUCGGGAACGACCGCUACUCAAUCUCAACUCGACUUAUGUCACCGUUGCCCAGCGUACUCUCCCCAUGGCUGGUGACCAGGCGCCCUGGCAGCCACGCGACCACUACGCCAAGGAUAUCAAGUUCGCUCUGAAGGGUGACAUCAGCACCGGGCUCGAAUUUGUGCAGGGGCCAAGCUUCCGUCUUCGUCCUGUGGUACAGUAA